UACAAUAUGCUUGUUAUAACAGUGAAUAGUAUUUUUAUUUUGCUUACUCUAUUUCAUAUUGGAGAAAUCGAAGCGACAGCAUUAAGUCCACUUGAUCCUUCUUCAUUUUCAAGGCCUGAACAAGCUAUUAUCGAACAUGUAGAUUUGAUACUUCAUGUCGACUUUGAACAAAAACAAUUAAAUGGAGAUGUAAUGUUAACAGUUAGUACAUUGAUGAAUAUCAAUGAACUGAUUCUUGAUACCAGUAAUCUAACUAUAGAAAUGAUUGAGCUUGAAGAUGGGUCCGAAUUGAAAUAUAAAGUGGACGAACAUCUAACUUAUUAUGGAUCAAAAUUAACAAUUAUAUUCAAUAAAACGAUUAUAUCAGGCCAAAAGAUAAAAAUAAGAAUAAAAUAUAAGACCUCGCCUUCUGCCACGGCUUUGCAAUGGCUGGAACCGAAACAAACUUCGGGUCAGACAUAUCCCUUCCUGUUCAGUAAAUGUGUGCCAAUCCACGCCCGCUCAAUCAUGCCGUGCCAAGAUUCGCCUGCAGUGAAGUUCACGUACACCGCCGAAGUGUCAGCACCAGAAAACUUCUCUGUUCUGAUGAGUGCCAUCCGAGAUGGCAGAAACAACACAAAGACCACGUUCAGACAGCCUGUGCCGAUACCGUCAUACUUGCUCGCCAUCGCCGUGGGGGUCUUGGAAUCCAGGGAGCUGGGUCCUCGGUCUCACGUAUGGGCUGAGAAGGAGGAAAUAGAGAGGAGUGCGUGGGAGUUUGCGGAUACAGAGAAGUACUUGCAGGCGGCUGAAGCUCAGUGUGGUCCGUACCAGUGGACGCAGUACAACCUGUUGGUGCUGCCUCCGUCCUUCCCCUACGGCGGCAUGGAGAACCCCUGCCUCACUUUCGUCACACCCACUUUGUUGGCCGGAGAUCGAAGCCAGGCGAAUGUGAUAGUUCACGAAAUAGUUCACAGUUGGACAGGUAACCUUGUUACGAACAGAAACUUUGAACAUUUCUGGUUGAAGGAAGGUUUCACUGUUUUCCUCGAAAGAAAAGUCGGGGCUUCCUUAAUAUCUGACAAGGAUGAAGCGAGAAAAAGUAGAGACUUCAACAGCCUUCUUGGUCUACAACAACUUACUGAAACUAUAAACGACCUCGGAGCAGACAACCCUUUGACGCAGUUAGUUCUUAAUUUAAGCAGUGUUAACCCUGAUGAUGCAUUCUCUACGGUGCCUUAUGAGAAGGGCUCUCUAUUUUUGAGAGUAUUAGAAGACUUGCUCGGCGGGCCUGAUAUAUUUGACAAGUUUGUGCGUUCGUAUCUGAACAAAUACCAACGACAAUCAAUUGAUACGAAGCAGUUCAAAUCCUACCUGUUUCAAUACUUCAAUGACAGUUCUGAUCAGAUAAGAGUUCUGAACGAUGUCGAAUGGGAAACAUGGCUGCACAAACCUGGCAUGCCUCCAGUGAUUCCUAAAUACGAUACAUCAAUGACGAAAGCUGUGAAAAACGUACUGCUCAAAAUUAAUUUGAACGACACUGCAUCAUUGGACUACAACGACGUCAUAUCAUUCAGUCCGCACCAAAUGAUAAACCUUCUUCAGCAUUUGGUCGACCAAGACGCCUUGCCGUUGGACAAACUGAGAACCCUUGGUGAAGCAUACAGAGUGUCUACCAGCAAGAACACAGAGAUUGCGUACCGCUGGUUGAGGAUGUGUAUUAGGAGCAGGGAUGAAAACAAAGUGAAUGACUCGUUCGCGUUUGUGAACCAACAAGGUCGUAUGAAGUAUGUGAGACCGAUCUACAGAGACUUGUAUGCUUGGGAAGACGUGAGGGAACGCACAAUUGAGAACUUCCUCAGAAAUGAGCCCUACAUGAUGCACGUGUCUGCAUACACUAUAAGAAAAGACUUGCAUAUAGAUGUAUGAUUUUAUUAAUUAUAAAGCAAUCAAAAUUGAUAUAAUAAAGGGUUACAUUAUUAUUUCGUAAGUAUUCUGAUAUUUAUUGGUUUGACAUCACUUCAGCUAAUCUCAUCGUCAUUCUAAUAAGAUGUAAGCGAAACUGAUUGUAUACUUGAAACUGAUACACGGAUAAACCAGAAUGAUAAUAAAAAUAAUUUAGUCAGAUUGAAACACGGCUGCAGACGUGAUAUCAGAGCUAUCAAAUUAUUUGUCCACAAAUGAUCAAAUAUACUAUGGAUGUAACGAUAAAAAUAACCUGUAUAGGAGUAGUGUAGAUUUAGAAACUAAAUGUUGCAGCCUUUAGUGAUGUGCCCUUCUCAUUGAUUGUUAACGAGUGUCGAAUUGUGUCACAAUAUCGAUUUUCUUUCAUUUUCAAGAAUUCUAUUCUAUUCUUUAAGACAUUAUUUGUAUUUUAUUACGAAAUACAAGAGGCUGAAUUUUGUUAACAUAAUUAUAUUAACAAAAGCGGAUCUGUUUUGAAAAUAUAUGGGAAAUAAAUUUUCAUUAGAAUUUUUGUUUUGUGAAUUUUUCCGAUGUCUUAAAAUUUUUAUAAAUAUUAAUUAUUCUGGGUGGAGAGAUAAAUGCCUCCAUCU